AGACCAACCGUAGUGAUGGAGCCAGACCGGCCAAAUCACCUUCGUUUGGUACCGAACACCCACAGGAUUCUAGCCUCCUCCGUCAAAUUUGACAUAGAGCCUUCCCUUCCUGUACUCUCACUCGCCAAAGUCUCUGCUUCGAUCUGUAGAGAUCAAAGACCGAAGCUUUCAGCAACUUCCAACUCGCCGGCUACGAUGGCUUCGAAGGCAAUUUCCAGUCCCGUGCCCGUCACGUGGUACCCGACUCUCGCCGUCGUGAUGGUCUCCCUCGGCCUCCUCUUCACCGCCUCCUUCUUCAUCUAUGAGGCUACCAUUUCUCGGAAAAACCGCAGUCUUGCAAAGGAAGUCAUAACAGCAACAUUCGCUUCCUUCUUUUUGGGUUUCGGAUCCUUGUUCUUGCUGCUUGCAUCGGGCGUUUAUGUCUGAGGCUAUAAAUUAUGAAGUUUUGUUAAGAAAAAUCAGAGAUUUACAUGAAGGAUAUGACGUUGUUAGUCAAAUGUACUCUUGUGGUUCUUGAAUGGGACAAGUUUGAUUAAACAGGUUUAUGGCAUGGAUGUCUUGUUUUGCUUAACCUACACUCAGGUGGCCAACUCCAAACCCAAAAUUUAAAAAUUUGAUUUAUAUCUCA